AUGGUUCCAAAACCAAAAGCUUGUGCUUAUAAAUCCAAUUCCGCUCCCACCGUCGCCGUCGCCGUCGCCGUCGUCGUCCUACAUUUCUAUCGCCCUGCGGACUCAGCAAUCGGCGCGGCGUUUCUGAGCUCUGCGUCAUUUCUAUACAUUUCUAUGAAGAUUUACACAGUGAGAACACCUAAGGAAGUUCCCUACGCCUUUCGCUUCUGCAUAAUGGCUGAAAAUACCACUGGAGGUUCAAUGGCAUCAGAAAACCAUGUGAGGAAAACUGAUUGGCAUGGCUGGGCAGAUGAGUUGAUUACAGUUGCAGAUGAUUCACUUGAUUCAAGCUGGAGUGAUAUUCUCAUUGAUGUCAACCUGCCCGAUCCAGAUUCCAAGUUGCUAGAUCUGCCACCGGAGGAGGUCUCCAAGUGCCAACCACAAAUUCAUCAUCUAUGUCAUUAUCCGAUUCCAAGUGGAAAUUGUUCUCCAGUGAUUUGCUCUCCGACUGCACCCUCUAACAAAUCUAGAAUGCGGUGGACUCCUGAACUUCAUGAAAUAUUCGUCGACGCUGUGAACAAGCUUGGUGGUUGUGAAAAAGCUACACCAAAGGCUGUUUUGAAGCUCAUCAAUGUUAAAGGCUUGACAAUCUAUCAUGUGAAAAGUCAUCUACAGAAAUAUAGAACUGCCAGAGUGAAGCCUGAAUCAUCAGAAGGAUCUUCAGACAAGAAUUCAAACACCGGAAAAGAAUCAAAGCCGGUGGACUUGAAAGCGACCUUGGACCUGACUGAAGCCCUCAGACAGCAGAUGGAAGUACAAAAGCAGCUGCAUGAACAACUUGAGAUCCAAAGAAACCUUCAGCUACGAAUCGAAGAACAAACAAAGCACCUCCAAAAGAUCUUCGAGCAUCAGAGGAAGAUGGAAGAAAAAAAGCUACUACCAACAUCAUCAGAAAUUGAGAACCCUUCUUAUGUACAAACCAAUAAAGCAGAUCCAUCAGAGGCCGAUGAUGCAGACGAACAUUCGAGUAAGAAUGAAACGUCGCAAGAAAUGAAACCUUGCAGGGAUCAUAGUGGCGACGAAGAUGAUGACAACGGUCCAGUAAGAAAACAAGCCAAGUUUAUCGAAACAGGUACUUCUGAAAUUCCUCGAGAAUUAUGACAUCUAAGUCUUAUAGUAGAAUUCGCGAAAAAUUAUCAAUUGUGUUCUAGUGUAUAGAAGUACACAGUUGUCGGGGGAUCAAUUGAGAUUUGGUAAAAGAUGGGGGCCAUCUGAAUAUAGAGAAUAUUCGGGUAAUGAUUAACAAUUCAUGAUCGAUAUCUCAAGAAGAAUUUCUUGAGUACGUUGGGUAUCAUUUCAUAAUCGAGCCUACGCUACAGAAGUAAAUGAAUUCGAGGCAACAAAAAAUGGGUGGAAUUAAUCAAAGGUUAUAGUA